AUGCCAUCGAGAUUUAUUCGCGAGCUCAUCCCGCGUCGCGAGGCUCGUACCUCUCUUGGUGGUGUAGUCGCUGCGCUCAAAAGUCUCACCUGGGUGCAGUGGGCUCAGUUCUGGUCUGGCUGGUUUGCUUGGGCGUGCGACGCCAUUGAUUACGUCGCAGUAUCGCUCACAGUACCGCGCUUGUCUACGCAAUUUGGAAAGUCAACGAGUGCGAUCACGACCGCCUUAACAUUGACGCUCUUAUUACGAUCAGUCGGCGCCGUGAUAUUUGGUAUGAUAUCUGACCGGUAUGGUCGCAAGUGGCCCUUGGUCGUUAAUCUCCUUAUCUGCUGCGUCAUUGAACUGGGAACUGGCUUUGUCGACACCUUUUCACAAUUCCUCGCCCUUCGUGCCCUAUUCGGUAUCGCUAUGGGUGGAAUAUGGGGACUUUCAUCAUCCUCGGCUCUUGAGAACUUACCUGUUGAGCUUCGCGGGCUUGCAAGUGGGAUUUUGCAGGAAGGCUAUAUUGUCGGGUACAUUUUUGCAGCUGUUGUAAACCUGACCUUGGUAGCUCAAUACGGAUGGCGGUCGCUUUUCUGGACCGGAGCAGGCAUCACUUUUUUCGCCGCAGUCGUCCGUGCUCUUGUUCCUGAAAGUCCGUUCUUCUUGCAUGUCAAGGAACAAGAGAAGGAGAAAGGGACCGAUACAUCGCAGAGUUUCCUCAGGAAAACAAAGGAGAUGCUUAAGCAUCACUGGCUCUUAUGCAUUUAUGCGGUGCUCUUGAUGUCAGGGCUUAAUUUCUUGUCUCACGGUUCACAGGCAUGCUCAUAUACCAUGUAUGAACAUGCACUCGAUAAUGAUCUAUUUCCCACGUACCUCCAGAUCACCAAGGGCUUCAGUGCUCACGAUGCCACUGUCGCGACCAUUAUUAGCAACUGCGGAGCUUCUGUCGGCGGUGCCAUGGGUGGAUGGGGGAGCCAGUACAUUGGACGCCGCCUGAUGAUCAUAUGCUGUGUGCUUCUCGUCGGAGUGUUCAUUCCAUUAUGGGUUCUGCCCUCGUCAUUCUCUGCCCUCUCUGCUGGAGGAUUCUGUGUUCAAGUUGGUGUUCAGGGCGCUUGGGGCGUUAUCCCGAUUCAACUGGCCGAGAUGUCACCACCAGCAUUCAGGGCGACUUUCCCUGGUGUCGUUUACCAGCUCGGCAAUAUGGUUGCGGCAGCAUCAGCACAAAUUGAAGCCACUGGCGGCGACAACUUGAAGACAACUAUCAUGGAGAAUGGAGUCCUUACAGUGGUCCCAGACUAUGCAACGGUGCAAGCCAUCUUCAUUGGUUCGGUUGCUAUAUUCGUAAUCGUUAUCGCACUUAUUGUGCCCGAAAAACACGGUUCUCAUUUCGACGACGCCGAUGACACUGACGGGGAGGAGGCUACAGAUCACAAAUCACAAAUGUCAUCUCGUGAAGUGGACGAGAAGAGCAGCGCUUAGUAUUUCAUUACUUAUCUAUCACGAGACGAGAUCAUUAUGUCCAUUUGAAUGAACGGGGUUUACCCUCAAGUUAAUAACCUU